AUGCACUCCCAAACCUUGCUACAUCACCUGGUUUCCCAGCUAGCAGAGGAGACUGGGAAGAAGUUCCUUGAUGCAACCCUUUCCAGGUAAAAAAAAAAAGUGACUUCCGAGCCGCACAACCAAAAUGCAACACCAGGCCUAAAUCCACCUUACAAGACAACGUCAGAUGAAAUUGGGCCUGAAAUUCGCAGUAUCCUAGCCUUAACCCUGACAAAAUUUUCUCCCCAUCAUAAUACUGUUUAUGCCUGUAAUUCUGGCUAAUAUAACGUUUUGUGCAAUUUCAUUGUUAGUUUUUUUGGUUUUUUUUACCUUGUUUACAUUUUUUAAUGUCUAUAUGCAAUGUAAUGUGUCACUACACCAUGGUACACCCACACAUUUGGGUCCCACACUUGAACUACAGGCCAGGCAUCGGGCCUAAAACUUAAUUACACCACAGCAUUAGAAAAAAAAAGAAAUGAGAACUGGUACCAGGACUCACAGUGCCUCUUAAUAACAUAAUACAGCCAAUCAGCAUCAGCAGGAGUGGUUUUCAAUUGCCAAGAAUGAUCUAAGAUGCAAUCUCGUUGGUAGGUUAACCGCAGCUUUGCGAGAAAUACUGGGCUUGCAGUUUUCAGUUUUCAGUUUUCAAUCCCAACCUAGUCUCCCGAAUUUGAAAAAGCUUAUGAGCCCUUUCAAAAUCAUACUGACCUUCAAAAUGUAUGUAUAAAUCAUAUUAGAAUAUGUACAUUAAAAUACAUAUUUGUUUGGUAUUAGAAUUGGAACUUUUAACAUCUAUGAUCCUAUGAAAACUUUAAAGGAGAGUAGAUUGGGCUUAAGGCAAUUUUUUGUCAUCAAAAAAGUGAAUCAUGUGUAAUAGUGAGUGGAGCAAAAUACCACUUUGAGACAGAGAAAUCAAAAAAAUGUAUACAAACUAUUUGAAUGUAUGAUGAAUCUUCCAACAAAUGAUGAUGUAUAUAAAGGAAGAAAAAACACAAUGAUAGUGCAGAUCGUUUGCAAAAAAGAUGUAAACAUAUACACAUGUAAUAAAUUAUGAGCUGAGAAUCAUCUCUUUAGUAAAUUGUUUGAAAGGCUUCAAUGAGAAAAAAUAACAUUGAUUUAUUGUCUGCCACAUGCAGGGAUAAAAUUACAUAUAUACAUAGAUUGGAAUAAGAGUGAUAGAAAAAAUAGGGUGGUAAGCCCCUUACUAGAUAUGGUGGUGAGUAUGACAAAUAUAUGUCUACUCACUACAAAAAAAGUGAAUCAUAUUUGUUGUUUAAGUUAGUAGUCAGAACUUGGACAUAAUAUAUUUCAUGAAUAGAAUAAGUUUUGCAAAAUAGGUAGUAGGGAGCAUCAAGUUGUUUCGGGUAAAACACUAAUUUAGUCGAGAGGUGAAGAAUUUAAAUAAACUUAUAAAUAGAAGUGUACCUCAUAUUCCCCAUCUCAAAUAAGUAGAUAAUAAUUUUGUUUAUCCCAGACUAUUAACCCCAUCAGAAGAAGCCAGAAAUAAUAUUUAUUUGGAGAAAAAAUAUACACAUCUCACUUAAAGGGUAAUUCAGCCAGUAUUAUAUUAGUUUGAUGCUUCUGAUAUAUUAAUGGACUCAUUUCAUAAAUAGACUAAGAUCCACUUGCUACAUAUUACAUAGAAUAGAUUCGAUACGAAGUAAAAAUUAUAAUGAGGAAAAAGAAAGUAUAGGCUAGAUAAAAGGGGAAAAGGAGAGUCCUUCAUUAAGUCCUUUUGGACUUAGGGUUUUCAGUUUAUAUAUCCACUAGCAUUCUCUGUGUCUUAGGUGUCUAUCAUAGUCACCUCUUCUUAGAUCUGUCUUGACCAGUUCAAGUCUGCAGGACCUCAGUCCCUUGAAUCAUUAUUGAAUAAUGUAUCUAUAUUUUUUGCAUAUAUUUAAUUAUAUACAUGUUUAAUUAUACACACGUUGUUUCCAUCCUUACCCUUUCUUUACUGCUGUUUUUUGUUUGUGUGUUUACAUCCAUGUUUUGGACCCCAUUUUACAUUGUACUGGAAGUGAACCUUGAUCUGUUUUACAUAAUUCUGUGCAAUAUUUUGUGUUAGACAGGUAUAGUUAGUGUUUAAUAAAUAUUCUAUCUGAAUACUAUUUGAUCAGUAUCUUGCAAUAUAUGAUUAGUAUAUCAUCAAGUCUGUAUUACAUUCCUUAUUCCAGAUUCCCAGAGCACGAUGUAAUGACUUUUGCCCUGCUGGAACCAGGAAAGCCCCCAAUGGGGGCUAUCACUCCUGCUGCUAUGCCUGUGUCUCAUGUUCAGAAGGGGAAAUAUCUAAAAAAGCAGGUACAAUGGUGUAAAAUGAAGUCAUGCCCUGGGUGUGCCUAGAAACAUCCUAAUUCAGGAAACAUAAACAUAGAACAUGAGAAGAGACAAAGUUUGGUUAGUGCCGCUUUCAGUUACAGAGAGAACCUAUACCAUUUGCAUAUCAGACUAAUCCCACCCACAAUAGAGAAACAAAUGCCCAGACAAUUGUGUUGGCUUUAUUUGAGCCUCAUCGGGAAGAUGUAGAUGAUACUCCACAAUGAGCAGGGUGUCCACCUCUGUUUUACCCAUUUAACUUAUCCAGAGCCUGAGUAAAUGCAUUGCAGCAAAAACAAAGAAUAUGAGAACUCUGAUAUUAAUCAAAAACUCAGUGAGACCUAAAUAGCUUACUCGUCAUUUAGGCCCAGUUGUAGGUCUCAAUAAUUUUGGAUAGCAAGUCACAAAUAUCUUCACACUUUAGCAUAACAUUAAUAAGAAAAACAUUGUAAAACAUAUAUUUUUUUAAAAUAUAACUAUAAAUUUUAUAUUUUUAACAUAUAUUUGAUUUAUUUAAUAGAUCGUCAUUUAACUUAUUGCUUUAUUUUGUAAAUUUUCCCCACAUCAUUCUUUAUUCAAAAAAGCAAGAUAUAUUAACCUUCAAAAUUAUAAACUGUGAAGGUUUAUUUCUUGACAAGAUCCUUUCAAGGUUAUGAAGGUGAUAUUAUGUUUCAGGAAACAAGCAAAUGUACAUAUGGUCUAUUUCUAAAAAAAAAAAAAAAAAAGUGUGUCUGUCAGUGAGUGUGUUUCAAGUCAGUGAGAUUGUGUGUCUGUCAGUAUGUGUGUGUAUAUACAAAUUUGAGUAAGGAGCACAGCCAUAAAUUUUAUAUAUAUAUAUAUAUAUAUAUAUAUAAAUAUUUUUAGAGGGGUUCACACUAAUGGAAUAUCUCAUUAAGUAUUAAACCAUUAAGUAUUUUUUUUUUUUUGCCUCUCUGGAACAAGUAAUCCUGGAUUAAGGAGCAACCUGAAAAGUGAAUCAUAAGACUGCAAGUUACUUAUUUAUCUUAUUAUUUACUAAAAUUAUGCAAUGUUAACUGUAUGUUUAAGUUGGUAACUUUUAAUGGGUUAAUUAAUGGAGUUAGUUGUACUGACCAGUCUAGAUAACUCAUUACAGCAAUUAUACAGCAAUUAUAGUUCCAACUAUUAAUUAUUAAUUGCCUCAGAAUGAAGAUACGUAAUCUUACAUUACUAAAAAGCAGAAAAAAAAAAAAAGGGGAAAAAAAAAAAUGAGCAACGAGAUACUGCAGCAUGGGAUAAUAAAGGAUAUUAGCAGUAUUAAUUAUUCAACUAGUCAAAUAUAAUCCAAUAUGAAUUAAUGAUAUGACAUUAUUACUGUUAUUACUGCUAUUUUUUUUUUCUUUUCCUUUGUUUAUAUAUUAUUUAACCUAGGCUGGUAUAUUAAUAAAUUAAUUGGGAAUAGAAUAGACUGAAUAUGUGGACUAAUACUAAAGUUAUGAAUUAAUAUGUUAAUAUAAUGACUGAUACCAAAUGGACUAAGGCACAUAUGUUAAAUACAUAUAUAUCAGUGAAGGAGUUAAGAGAUUAUUUAUUUAAACAUAAAUACAGUAUAAGAGGUAUAAGAGGCAUUAAACUAUGUUAUUAUUAUGGGGUUUUCCCUUUUUUUUUUUUUUUAUGGAACAGAUUGAACUUUUGGAUUAAUAUCAAAUCUAUUAAGUUCAACCUAAUAUAAUGAAUGUUAAUAAUUUAAUCUAUAGAGGCUAAAUAGAUAUAUUAGCGAAGGUUUAAACACACUAAAUAAGGUUUACAAGGACACAGGGAUUAAUGAUUGAGUUUAAUUCACUUGGGAGAGACAUUACUUAAAUUUUACUAAGACAUAUGUAUAUCCAGCUUAGCCCUGCUUAUGGUAAUUUGAUAUUUACUUAUCUGUAUAGACCUUAUUAUUUAAUAAUAGGAAGAGAAACGGAUAGGGAAGCGUAGAAAGUAAGUAAGACAGACCUGAGGUAAUUUGUGUAGCUGUUAUUAAGGUGUAUACUUUUUAUAAAUUAUAAAUUAUACCUUAUUAUACAUAUGAAUUUUGGGAACUUGAGUGGAGACUGAAUAUUAAUAAUUAAAUGUUUACACCAACUAACAGAUACCAGAAUCCAUAAAGAUAUAACAAUACGGCUUAGAUGUAUGUUAAUAUAAGUGGUAAGCUGGGGUGCUAUUUAAAUAAUUUGUUGCAUUGAUAAAAUGUUUGAUGGAAAAGUAGGAUGUUAUGCUGACCUAUACCAUUAAUGUUUAUUAAUAUUAGGUUAUUAUGCAAUAUACUAUUAUUAUAAAUGAAGAUACAUAGGUGUAUAUUUUCAAGCUAAAGAUUAGAGAAGCAUAGAACCAUAAGUUCUUAAAGAAAGGACUGGACAAGCUUAAAUCCUAUUCUUAAGAAGUAGUGUUAUGAUAUAAGAAUUAUCUCUGCAUUAUAUUAUUUAGAGGUCGGCCUUAUAUAUAGUAGUGGAGUAUCUGUUAUCGAGUAUUGGUGUCUUUGUUUGAGAGCAAAUCUUAGAAUUAAAUAUUUACUAUAUAUAUAUAAUUUUUUUUUUAUUUUUUUUUAUUUUUUUAUAUUAUUAUUAUUUUUGGAAAUAUAUAAUCUAAAUUAUUGGGACAGCUAAGCAUAGAGGAGCUCAGCGUAGCCGCCUCUAUAGCUCUGACCGUUCACAUUACCCCCCACCCAAGAAGUGUCAUUUGGAUACUCUGACACUUAUUUAAGUAUCACCCUGUUGUCUAGACUUAGUCUAUCCAUAAGUCAUAUUCAGGUUGUACUGUAUAGCGCUCUGUGCGGCCCGGCACAGCGCUGUACAGACUAACUUCUGAAUUUUCUUUUUCUUUUUUUUUUCCUCUCCUCUCUCUCUCUUCUCCGGUCUUCUUAUUUCAUAGGUCUUAACUAAAACCCACCGGUUUUAAAAGAAAGGGAAAGGAAAAAAAAGGGAAAAUGAAAAUUUAUUCUCAUAAUGUUAGAGGACUUAAUGUACCUCAUAAAAGAUUCAUGAUCCUUAAAGAGAUUCGGAAAUCACAAGCCGACAUAAUUUGUUUACAAGAGACUCAUUUUAAACACAAUUCCAAACCAAUAUUAAAUCUGAAGAAGUUUCCAUUUCAAUACCAUGCAACAUCCCCUAAGAAAACUAAAGGUGAAUCAAUUUUAUUCAGCUAUCGAUUAUCUUUUGAACAGAUAGCAACAUAUAUAGACCCAGAAGGCAGAUUUAUUAUUUUAAUCUGUACAAUAAAUAAUAUCAUAUAUACUAUAGUGAAUGCUUAUUUUCCUAAUGUGAACCAAAACAAAUUUAUGCGCGCACUUAUGAAUAAGGUAACUGAAAUGCAAACUGGCAUUACGAUUAUUAUGGGAGAUUUUAAUCAUAUUUUAGAUCCUAAUAUGGAUUCAACAGCAAAACAUUCAAGGAAAAGGAAGUCAUCCUUACAUAAGGAAUGCAAUACUCUUAAUAAAAUUCUAACAGGUUAUGGACUUUAUGAUAUUUGGAGAACAUUUCAUCCUAAUACUAGAGAAUAUACGCUUUUCUCCUCAGUUCAUAACACAUAUUCACGUAUAGAUGGUUUUUACAUGCAUAGCUCGCAUUUAGCACAAGUUGAAUCUUGUGAGAUUGGAGUAUCGAUAGAAUCAGAUCAUAAUCCAGUUAUACUUAGCCUAAAGGAUCAAUAUAAUUACACAAAUAGAAGCAAAUGGAGACUAAACGAUCAGUUAUUAAAUGAUCCUAUAUUCUUAGAUAAAAUUCAACAAGAAAUAUGCCAAUAUUUUGAUAUAAAUAAUUGCGGAGAUAUAAACCCAAUAACAUUAUGGUUGGCGCAUAAACCUGUAAUAAGAGGCCUUUUUAUUAGUAGAGCUUCAUAUCUUAAAAAGUCUAAUCAAACAGUCAGGUUGAAUCUCUUAAAGAAACUCCAAGAUUUCCGUAAACAGAAUCAGGCAAGACCAUCUGUGUCUCUACAAGAUAGCAUUCAACAAAUACAAAAUGAUAUUAAUGAAAUCCACCAACGACAAAGUAACAUCGCUUUGAAAAAACUUAAGGCGACAUCAUACUCUAUGAGCAAUAAAGCCACUAGAGUACUAGCACAGAGACUUCGCGAUAAGCAAACUCAAUCUAGAAUUCCAUUUAUACUUUCUAAGACAGGACAAAAAAUUAUUCAGCCAAAGCUGAUCUGUGAGGAAUUUGCAGCCUUUUAUGGCUUAUUGUAUAACUUAAAAGAUCAAAAAAAUCUUUCAAAACCAACUUCUAGAGGAAUAGGUCAAUAUUUGGAUAAAUUAAACUUACCUACUUUAAAGGAUUCACAAAUGGCACAGCUUACAGCUCCUAUUACAAGGGAAGAAGUAAUUCAACAAAUAAAGAGUAUGACUAAAGGGAAAGCACCAGGACCUGACGGUUUUUCCGACCUGUAUUAUACCCUGUUUAAGGAAUCCCUGGCUGACCCAUUGACUCAUUCUUUUAAUGAAGGCACUAAGGCAGGGGAAUUCCCUAUAGAAUUUCUAGUGGCACAAAUAAUUACUAUUCCGAAAUUAGGGAAACCCCCCACGGUCUGUCAAAAUUUUAGACCAAUCUCAUUAUUGAACAUAGACGCUAAAAUAUAUGCUAAAAUAUAUGCGGAAAGAUUAAAGUUUAUUUUACCUACUUUAAUUCAUACAGAUCAAGUGGGAUUUGUGUCAGGUAGACAGGGGUCAGAUAAUACACGGAAGGUAUUAGAUAUUUACCAUUUUGUAAAAUCAUCCAAGCAGGAAAGCGUUGUAUUAUCUUUAGAUGCUGAAAAAGCUUUUGACCGUCUGAAUUGGACCUUUUUAUGUGAAACCUUGAAGGCAUAUAAAUUUCCUCCUUCUUUUCUUUUAAUUAUUAAAGCUCUUUACAGUAAUCCCACAGCGACUGUACUGUCUUCAGGAUUCUGUUCAAGACCGUUUAAUAUUACUAAUGGAACACGUCAGGGCUGCCCCUUAUCGCCGUUGCUCUAUGUUCUUGCUUUAGAGCCUUUACUUACAGCUAUACGCCAAAAUGAAGAUAUCCAGGGAGUUCAAAUAGGGUGGAGCGAAUAUAAACUCAACGCUUAUGCAGAUGACAUUUUGUUAACAAUUACUCAGCCACAUAUCUCUUUACCAAAUUUAAAGAAAGAAUUAUGUUUAUAUAGUCAAAACUCGUACUAUAAGCUCAAUACAAGUAAAUCGCAAGCAAUGUGUCUUAAUAUUCCUAAAUUUAAAGAGGAUAGACUUAAAUUAGAUUACCAUUACGAUUGGAGGGAAGAUUAUCUACUUUAUUUAGGAAUCAGAUUUACUAAAAAAGAAAAAGAUUUAUUUUCAGCCAAUUACAAAAAAUUAUUCAGAGAUACAGAAAGCCAAUUGAAAGCCUGGGGAAACGUAUCAUUAUCAUGGAUAGGUAAAAUAUCAGCAAUUAAGAUGCAAAUUUUACCAAAAAUACUUUACCUAUUCAGAUCAUUACAGAUUAAGGUUCCACAAACAUUUAUUACAUCUUUACAAGCUAUAUUGCUACGGUUUAGUUGGGGUGGGAAGCAACCCCGAGUUUCAAAAGGUUUAAUAAUGAGACAAGUGAAAAGUGGGGGUAUGGGGUUUCCAAAUUUGAAAAUAUACUAUUCUGCUGCAAUCUUAAACAAUAUAGCCUCUAUUAACCCACAAAGAUAUACUCUGCAAUGGGCAGCAAUAGAAGCACAUUGUUGUGGAACACAAGAUUUUUAUCCUUUAAUAUGGCUCCCCCCACAAAAACGGAAAGUAACCUCUGAUAUAUUGUACCCGACAAGACUUCUAUUUAAAAUUUGGGAUAGUAAUAGAGGAAGUUUAUGUUCAGGGUACCCAUGGUCACUGGCAACCCCUAUAAGAACUUUACAUAGUUGUAACGAAACAUUUCCUUAUUUACAAUGGCAUAGAAAAGGAAUUACACACAUUUUUAAACUUUAUACUAUAGAGGGGUUAAAGUCUUUUCCGACUCUCCAAUCAGAAUUUACACUUCCGCCACAAUUUAAAUUUGCAUACUUGCAGAUUAAAGCUCUUUUGGCCAAUAAUAAUCUAUAUGCAGGACACCGAACAACCCGAAAGUUAGUCACGAAAUUUGAAGAGAUGUGCAUAGCAUUAAUUCCACCUAGGAAAGUACUAUCACUUUGUUACAAUAAUUUAAUAAAUUCAAGAGAAACAGCAACACCUAAAUUUAUGAUAGAUUGGCAAACUGAUAUCCAAGAAAUCAUAUCAGAAGAUGAAUGGAACAAGAUUUUUACGGCACAUUUGGGAAUGUCUUCUUGUAUAGGACACUUUGAAAUAGCACGGAAAAUCUUAUAUAGAUGGUAUAUGGUACCUACUCGUAUUCAUGCAAUGUAUUCUGAUGCACAAGAUAUAUGCUGGAGAUGCCACUCUCAUAAAGGAACUAUGCUCCAUAUUUGGUGGACAUGUGAAAGAGUUAAUAGCUUAUGGCGAGAGGUUGAAAUAAUGAUUCAAGAGGUGACAUCUUAUAAGCCAGACCACACACCGAAAAUGCUACUUCUCAAAGCUUUUCCGGACCAUAUACCUAAAGUUACGCGUAAAUUAAUCUUUUUAUUAUUAUCUAUAGUCUCAAUCUUUAUAGCGAGAAAUUGCAAGACUACAAGCUUACCUACAAUAGAUGAAAUCAAAACAUUAAUGUCUCUGACUAUAGAUUAUGAGCUUAUCAUGUGGGAUCAGACUAAAAUUGGGAAGUUAAGUCUAAAAGUAGCUAAUUGUUGGAAAAUGUAUAUACAAAGACAAUAAUGAAAUAAGUUUGAUAGAUAUGUGGAGUAUAUAUUCAGUACAGGAUAUGAUAAAUUAAACUUAUUUUUUCUAUGGUUACUAUCAGAAAUAUAAUUUAGAAUCCAACCCAGUAGAAAUAAACGAAUCGGCCCAGCCCUUCAGGAUUGAGCCUCUGCAGUAUAAGAGAGAUGUGGUAUAUUACAUACGUUGAGGGUAUAUGAGGUGUUAAAAUUGAGUCUUUUUAUUUAUCCUGGUUAGGUGUGAACAUAAUUUAAGGCAUAUACAAUAAGCAGGACAUUUAAUUUAAUUUAAUACUUAAUUUAACUUAGUGUAUUUUAACAACAUUAAGCAGCUAAACUGAAUAUAAGCCUCUAUUGUCAGUUUAAUCUAAACAUAUGAAGACCGGAGUAGAGAGACAUUUUUUUCAUUUUUUUUUGUUUUUUACUUUUAUUUUUUUUUCAUUUUAUUUAUUUAUUUAUUUAUUUUUUUCCUUCUUUUCUUUUUGUAACGGUUAAAUUUCCCUGAGGUGAAUUUUAUAGUGGACACACCAGUAUUUAUCAGGGAAAAUAAAACAAAACAAAUGCGGUCAGGACGUAUACAUUAUGAAUUUUAUUUAAAUGAAGUAUGAGUAUAACAUAACAUUGUACGAUGAGUAUAUGAUGAAAUAAUGUAACUCUACCGACUGUACCCCAAACCCUUUUUUUUUUCUGUAUCCCCUUGUUUUUUGUUCAUUUUCCUUUACUGGAAAUAAUUUGGAAAAUAAAGAAAAAUGUAAAUUGCAAAAAAGUAUUAAACCAAAGUACAAUGUCAUAUCAUGUUGUAAAAUAAAAGAUAAGGGCUGCGCCAGAGAAAACUAAGUAUGAGAUAAAAAUAACAAAUAGUCCAAAUAAAAUAAGGAAAAAGUCUUAUCUAAAAUGAUCUUUAUACCUUUUACCUUUGGGAGAGCAAACACGUUAAAACAGGUUACAAAAGAAUACUGACAUUGGAUAACAACUCAAAUAGUUUUCCCUUCAGUGUGUCCCCACAUAUUUCUGAGGAUUUUUAGCUUAUCACGUGCCAUUUGCAGAGAGAACCUAAACCAUUUGUUUAAUAGACUGAUCAAACAUGGCCGGUCCUAGGGCCACAGAUGCUUGGAUGCAGAUUUUGUUUUGUUUCUCACGUGUGGGUGUGGUCAUCUUACUAACUCCUCUCCUUGCACAUGCAUGUUUCUAUGGCAAUCACUCCACCUCUCCAUCUAUAAGCCUAGAGGGGUACCAGCUAAACCUCACUGAGGAGGUCUAACAAGUUUACAUUUUGAAGUGAAGGUCUUGUACAUCCUAAAAACAAAAUGGGUUUUAUAUGAAUGUAGUAAAGGGAGUCUCAGGAGAUCCAGUUCUGCACCUCAAUUCUCUUCCCCCUGGGAUUAAAAAGUGUAUCUGUGAUAAUAUUUUGCUUGGUUGGGUAAUAUAAAGCUGGAAAAACGAUGGCAAUUUUUUUGCAAUUGUACAUGUGGGGCUAUAUGUCCAAAAUGUUUGAAUAUCAAGACAAAAUGAGAAAUAAUACCGGAUGACCUUGUCCUUCUCUUGUAUAUAUCCCCAAGUACAUGCACAACCACUUAUGUGUCAGGAUGUGGACAAGCGAGGACCACCGCAGCACGUCUCUGGAUCAACAGCAAAAAACAAAUGUGAGGAAGGCUGAACUUGAUGGACGCAAGUCUCUUUUCAGCUAUGUAGCUAUGUAGCUAUGUAGCUAUGUAACUAUGUCUUCAAUUAUAUUAUAAACAUUGCAUCCAUUUGUUACAGCCAUGGGUGAGGAUGUGGUGGAACAGUUGAAUGUCCCCAUGUAUUAUUAUAGAGCUCACCACCUGCUGCCCAUAGUUGACAGUGAUAUAUCUUCUGUGUCAACUAUCUUCUCACUGGCUGCUAGUGCUCUCAGUGGGAAAAUAGCAAGGUAUUUUUCAAUGAAUUUGCCAAAAGGCAAUGACUUGUAAUGACCAAAUGGACAAAUAAUAGAUUAAAUCAGUCCUGAUUUUCUUUACAACUGGUGCUCUGUAGAGUUGAGUGGACACCUGGAUGUUAGGGUUCGCCGAGUUCGAACUCGAACUCCAUUGAAGUCAAUGGGGACCCGAACUUUUGGGCACAAAAAUACCUCUAAAAAAGUCCCGGAAAGGGCUAAAGGGCUGCAAAAGGAAGUAAAAUGGGGGUGAGAGUAGGACAAGUUCCCUGCAAACAAAUGUGGAUAGGGAAAUCACUUACAAUAACAUAAAAUACAUAUAAAUUAAAGACACAGCAGAGCUAUAAAAUAGCACUAGAUGGAAUCUUUGAUUUUAGCUUUAGGAAGAACAUAAAUCAAAAUCUAAAGCAUGGCUGUCAAGAGGAUCACCAGAAUUAUCAUUUUGAGAGAGGGUUGGAGCAGGGGCGUAUUAGCCGCGAGGCAAACAAGGCAUUUGCCUUGGGCGGCAUUUUUCAGGGGGCGGCUAACUGACAUCCCGAGCGGGCUGCGCUGGGAGGCGGGCGGCCGGCGAGGGAGCACCUCCUAUGAGCUGACUGCUCAGCUCCCUCGCGCGCCGCCAGCAGAGUGAGGCUGGGAGCCGGAAGAUGACGUCAUCUUCCGGCUCUCAGCCGACGCGCGAGGGAGCCAUGAGCAGUCAUGGGAAGUGCUCCCUCGCCGGCCGCCCGCCUGCCAGCGCCGCUCGCCCGACCUGCAGCCACUGGACCACCGGACCACCAGGGAGAGAGAACCCCCACCCCAGCACUCCCAAAGGUAAGGAGGUUGGGGGGGGGAUUUAAAUUUAAAAAAAAGUUAGUGUGUGUGUUUGUGUCUGACUGUGUGUGUGUUUGUGUCUGACUGUGUGUGUGUUUGUGAGUGUGUGUGUUUGUGUCUGUGUAUGUGUCUGACUGUGUGUGUUUGUGUCUGACUGUGUUUGUGUCUGUGUCUGUGUGUGUGUGUGUAUGUGUUUGUGUCUGACUGUGUGUGUGUGUUUGUGUCUGACUGUGUGUGUGUGUGUGUCUGACUGUUUGUGUCUGACUGUUUGUGUGUGUGUUUGUGUCUGACUGUGUGUCUGUGUAUGUUUGUGUAUGUGUCUGACUGUGUGUCUGUGUGUGUAUGUGUCUGACUGUGUGUGUGUGUGUGUGUGUUUGUGUCUGACUGUGUGUGUGUGUGUGUAUUUAGAAG